UUCUCCGCCCUGCAAGUCUAUUGGAACAACAAAUCCAAAAUAUCAUCUCUCAUUUCGCUUUGAUCUCUCCAGAAAAGAAAAAAAAGGCAGUUUAACCGAUUCAUCGUAGCCCGACCCGAAUCCCAAGAUGAACGACUCCGAAGUUUCCACGCAGAUCCAGCAGAUGGUCCGAUUCAUCCGCCAGGAGGCGGACGAAAAGGCCAACGAGAUCUCCGUCUCCGCCGAAGAAGAAUUCAAUAUCGAGAAGCUGCAAUUGGUGGAGGCUGAGAAGAAGAAGAUCAAGCAGGAGUACGAGCGCAAGGAAAAACAAGUUCAAGUGCGCAAGAAGAUUGAGUACUCAAUGCAACUGAAUGCUUCUCGAAUUAAGGUUCUCCAAGCCCAGGAUGAUCUAGUCAAUUCCAUGAAGGACAGUGCAUCAAAGGAACUACUGGGUGUUAGCAGUGUUCAGAAAAACUAUAAAAAUCUCCUGAAGAAUCUAAUUGUUCAGAGUUUGUUGAGGCUGAAAGAACCAUCUGUGUUGCUGCGCUGUCGUAAAGAGGAUGUGAAAUUGGUUGAGUCUGUUUUGGAUUCAGCAAAGGAAGAGUAUGCAGAGAAAGCACAAGUUCAUCAACCUGAGAUCAUUGUUGACAAAAUUUAUCUUCCACCGGCCCCUUCUAAACAGAAUGAGCAUGAUCGCUACUGUUCUGGAGGUGUGGUGUUGGCUUCUAGGGAUGGGAAAAUUGUUUUUGAGAACACUCUUGAUGCAAGACUGGAGGUUGUAUUCCGCAAAAAGUUGCCAGAGAUACGCAAAAGUUUGUUUGGCCAGAUCGCUGCUUGAUGGUUGGAAGCCUAGUAUAUAUCUAUCUAUCUAUAUACUGGCUUGGCCAUUGACCCAAGAGAAGUAUAUCUGGUGGCCUGUUCGUGGCUGUAUGCGCUUUGUUCUUCUGUCACAUUCUUAAUUGCAUCGCGAGGUGCACAUUUUCCACAUUUCAUAUUUUAUGUAUGCAUAAGUUUAGCUUGAUACUGCUAUUUAUUUUUUUAUUCUAGGUAUGUGUAAUAUUGUAAGCUGCUCGGACCUAGUUUUUGAUCCUGUUGUUAAUAAACCGAUGACGGAUAUCGUCUUGAAAAAAAGUUGCCUGUUGUAAAA